AUGAGUGAAUACGACGAGCCUCGUCGUUACCGAAGUGUGCGCACACGGGUCCGUGAUCGGGACGAGCCCGACUACGUGCGCGAAGAGACCUAUAUCGAACGUGGAAAAGCCGUGCGCGGCAACGAAAUUGCCUUUCGUGGACGUGACGACAGCGUUGAAGAGAUUCCACGUCACUUCCCUCCGCCAUUACGUGAAUACGAACGUUCAUUCCGGCGAGAAGACGACCGCCGCACUCGCAGUGCCGGAGGACGUCGCUACGAGGACGACUACGAAGAUGAUCGCUACACCGAGUACACCAAGUCAAGUCACAGACGCGAUCGAGACCGUCGAAGCCAUCGCGAUGAUCGCACCUACUAUAGCGACGAAUCCCGCUCUCCACCUCGGGAUCGUGAUCGGCCCCAGACCGGAGUUGAUAAGCUGGUAGAAAGUCUUGGACUCGGUGCGCUGGUCGGCGGAAUUCUCGGAAAAGACAAGGAGAAGGAGAAGAGUAGAGACCGAGAUCGAUCACCUUAUUCCGCUCGCUCUGGCCGCUCUCGUUCUCGCGGUCCUAGAAGUCGCCGCAGUUCGUCGUCGAGAAGCCGGGGUGGUCCUCAGACAGAACGCAAAUGGGCCCAAGCUGCUCAAGCCGCCCUGAUCGCCGGUGCAGUCGAGGCCUUCCGAAGUCGUAAGGAGCCUGGCCCUUGGGGCGGAGAAAAGGGCAAGCGCAUUGCAACUGCCGCCAUAGGCGCCGGUGGUUUCGAUCGCAUCCUGGACCGCGACCCAGAAAAGAAGUCCAAACGUCAUCUCGCUGAAGCUGUCGUGGGUGGUCUUGCUGUCAACCGGCUUGCAAAUGGUCCUCGCUCUAAGUCUCGUGGCCCUGAUGCACGCAACUUCUCGCCUGACUCUCGCCGAUCGCGCAGCCGUAGCCGCAGCGGACUGAGCAUUCGCUCACGCAGCCGCAGCGUCAUCGAUCGAUUCCGAGGACGUUCGGAAUCGCGUGGCCGUGCACGAUCGGUUGAAGGAGAGGAGAAGAAAUCCACGACCGACACCAUCAAAGGCGUUCUCGCUGGUGGCGCCGCAGCGGUAGGUGCCAAAGCAAUCUAUGAUCGAGUUCGAUCAAAGUCUCGCAAGCGACGCUCGCCUUCGAACUCUAGUGCAGACUCGUACGUCCCUUCCCGCAAUCGUCGCCGAGACGGCCGUCGCUCACCACCUUCAGAUACACGCGGUACUCGCCAGAUAGACGGAGCUACCGAUCGCGAUCGCGGUCUCGAUCGCGGUAUUAGUCGCGCUGGGAGCGCCAACAACGACGGCACCAACAAUCGCGCGUUGGUCGGAGCUGCUGGCGCCGGCGCAGCAGCCGGUGCAAUCGGCUCCCGCGACAGGAAGAAAUUGGACGAGUUGGAUGAUGGAAAUGACAGUAGUAGCACAACUGACAUGGAAAACAAGCGUAAGAAAAUGAAAGGCAAAGAACUCAUUACGGCCGGUCUCGCCACCAUCGCCACCAUUCACGCCGCCCACGGCGUCUACUCUAGCAUGGAAGCCCACGAGAAACGCCACAAGCUCGUCGCCGAAGGUGAGAUGACCCCUGAAGAAGCUCGCAAGAAACAAACCAAAGCCUGGAUCCAAGACGCCGCCGCCGUCGGUAUUGCUGCGCUGGGUAUCAAGGGAGCCUUUUCGGAAUGGAAAGAGAUGAAGGAACAACGGUCCGAAAUCCGCGAAAUCGAAGAGCGCAAACGCCUCCGCCGCAAAAAGGUCCGGGAGCGCCAGAGGCAAGAGGAACGCGAGCGCCACGAACGUAUGAUGGCUAUCAUGGAAAAGAACCCUCAACUCGCCAUGAACUACCAGAUGAUGCAGCAUAGCGGCAUGCCGGGAAUGACUCAGGCGGCACUGAAUGCUGCUCCUUCACCUGGUGGUCUUGGUGGGCCUCCUAUGCGAGUGGACAACAGCGGGAACCCCUAUGCAUAG